GGCACGGUUUGUCCCUGCCGCCGCGCCGUAGCGGGGCGGAGCUGACGGGCGGAGGCGCCGGGCAGGGGCGCAGCGGCGGAGGCUUACCAGAGAAGAUCAAAAUGAGUCUACGGAAGCAAACCCCUAGUGACUUCCUAAAACAAAUCAUUGGAAGGCCAGUUGUUGUAAAAUUAAAUUCUGGAGUUGAUUAUCGAGGUGUCCUGGCUUGCCUGGAUGGAUAUAUGAACAUAGCUCUGGAGCAGACAGAAGAAUAUGUAAAUGGACAAUUAAAGAACAAGUAUGGGGACGCAUUCAUCCGAGGAAAUAAUGUAUUGUACAUAAGCACACAGAAGAGGAGGAUGUGAGGAUGCCAGAAAGAAGCUUUAUUGUACCUGUGAACCUCUUCAGAGUGAUGAGCCCUACUGGAUUUUUAGUUAAUAAUUCACAGAUGAAAUUCACAAGUGUUUAAGUAUUUUUUUAAAUAAAUGUAAAACAGUGUAAACUUCCUAAAUGUUUUUGUUUCAAAGUGUUGCUUUGUUCCAGUGUACCAGAAGAAAUAAAAGUGAAGCAUAUGAUAGUGCCUCAGGAGUAAUUAAAUGCAACAGCUCGUUUAAUUAUCCAAACAGUUACAAAAAUACUGAUAGAAAGGUAAACAGGUCUGGAGUAAUUGCAAAUCACAGCCUUGUACUGAUGGCAAAAAAGUAAUUUAACUGAUGUUGGGAAGGGAAAUACUAAUGUUUUAGUGACAAUGACCUGUCCCUUUUGGGAGGCACGGGGUCAGCUUUAAAUGCCAAGGUAGUAAAAGUCAUUGGGUAAAAAAAGUUCAGCUGUGCAAAAAAUCUUGAAUUGCGGAUUGAGUUGGUCACACUUCAAUAGUUAGGGGUGGGGAGAGAACUGAAUCAGAUUUAAGAAAAGCUCUAAGGGUGAAAAGAAAGCUUUGUGCCAGUUUGAGGAAGUCACUCACUGAUGAAGAGCUCUCAGUUGGUGUACCAACACAGAUGGCAGCUGCUCCACCUCCUGCCUCUGCCUCCCACCCUACCUCAGCUUGCAGUGUUGCAGGAUUUGCAUUAAAGAUAAGCUAUGGUAAUUCAUGUUCAAAUUUUAAAAGCAACAAAAUAAAUGAAAUGUUUGAUUCCUACA